CCCGGCGCAGCCAUGCAGGCGCCCGCGCCCGGCCCCGGCCCCGGCCCGUGGCACGCGCUGCCCUGCGCUCGCUCCGAGCUGCGCCUCGACCUGGUGCUGAGCUGCGGCCAGGCCUUCCGGUGGCGGGAGCGCAGCGCCGGGCACUGGACGGGCGAGCUGGGCGGCCGCGUGUGGACGCUGCGGCAGACGGAGGAGCAGCUCUGGUUCACGGUGCACGCGGGGCCCGACCCGGAUCCCGAGCCCGACCCCGGCCGCAUCCUGCGCGACUACUUCCAGCUGGACGUGCCGCUGGCGCCGCUCUACGCGGCCUGGGCCGCCGCCGACCCCCGCUUCCAGCGCGCCGCCGCCGCCUGCCCGGGCGUGCGCGUGCUGCGCCAGGACCCGCUCGAGUGCCUCGUCGCCUUCAUCUGCUCGGCCAACAACCGGCUGCCGCGCAUCGCCGCCAUGCUGCAGCGCCUGUGCCGCGCCUUCGGGCGCCGCCUGGCCCGGCUCGGCCGCCAGCCCUACCACGCCUUCCCCUCGCUGCAGGCGCUCGCAGGCCCCGGGGUGGAGGCCCGGCUGCGGGAGCUCGGCUUCGGCUACCGGGCGCGGUUCGUGAGCGGCGCGGCGCGGGCGGUGCUGCAGGACCUGGGCGCCGAGGGGCUGGCCCGGCUGCGCGGCGCGCCCUACGCGGAGGCGCGGCGCGUGCUGUGCUCGCUGCCCGGCGUGGGCGCCAAGGUGGCCGACUGCGUGUGCCUCAUGGCGCUGGACAAGCCGGAGGCCGUGCCCGUGGACACGCACGUGUGGCAGGUGGCGCGGCAGCGGUACGGGCUGGAGCCAGGCGCGGCCGCCAGGAGCCUGACGCCGCGGGUCUACCGGGAGACGGGGGACUUCUUCCGGCGGCUGUGGGGCCCGCGCGCGGGCUGGGCGCAGGCGGUGAGUGCCGGGCCUCUGCCCUGCGCCGGCGGCGCGUUGGCGCCCGCUCGCCUGGCCUCACCUCGCCUCGCCUCGCCUCGCCCCUUCUCUCCCCAGGUCCUGUUCUGCGCCGAGGUGACGCGGCCGCGGGGCGCCCUGCCGUGCGCCAGCCCCAGCCCCAAGCGGGGCCGAGCCCGUCGCAGCCGCAGCAGCUGCCUGGGCCCCCCCUAGGCGCCGCGGCCGAGGCGGGGUGAAGGCGGCUGGAGCAGCCUCCUCUGCCUGCCGCCGGCCCAGGGCACGAGGUGCCGCGUGCUGGAGCACGGUUCCCCGGGGCCAGGGCCGCGCCCUGCCCCUGCCCCAGCCCGUGCAGCGCCCUGCUGGCAGGGAGCUCACAGCACUGGGGCCGCAGGCAGCCGUCCGGCCCGGGGCCGGGGCUCUGCCCUAUGCCCCUUCCCUGUCACAGCACAGCCAAGUCCUCCUUCGUCUCUUUUCUUUAAUACAAGCAACAAAAUAGAAACA